UGUUACUGACGUCAAGCCGCACUAGUUCACGUUCAGUCCUUGUCUGUGGGGGAGGAAAAAGCACGAAGCGGUUAAAAAAGAUGUGUUAUAUUAUAUUUUAAUAAGUUAUUUCAAAAUUAAAUCGGUUACUAACGAUAUAAAAGUAAAGAGUAUUAAAAGGAUUGAUAUCAUAUAAAUUGGUUUUCAAUAAAAGGAUUCAUUAUGCAUCGUGCAAAGUUAGUGCUUCAGGCUACAAAUAAAAUCGGCAACAGUGAAAGAUUUGCAUCAUGGCUCCUCAACAAACCCCAGACGGCAGCCGUGAUGGUGAACAACCAAAGGUUGAAGAGUUCAACGGCAGCAGAGCCUUUCUUGAACGGUUCAAGUUCAGCAUAUGUGGAGACUAUGUACAAUGCCUGGCUGUCAGACCCUAACUCGGUGCAUGCGUCUUGGGACGCGUUCUUCCGCAACGCCACGAAUGGCGCCCAGCCCGGGGUCGCAUACACGUCACCACCGAAUUUAGCCCCGUACUCCAAGAACGAAGUCCCCUUGACCUCCCUGGUACCAGCGUCUGGCAUGCCCUCGAUAUCAGCAGGUUCACCCAUCAACGAGAAAAUCAUCGACGACCAUCUGGCGGUGCAGGCUAUCAUCAGAAGCUACCAGUCUCGGGGUCAUCUGGUUGCUCGUCUCGAUCCUCUCGGGAUAUCCACCGGCGAUCCUGUAUCGAGCGGGGAUUGGCACGGCGGUCUCCGAGCGUUCGCCAGCGAGGCGGUUAUUAGGCAACACGUGCGAUUCGAUGAAGCUGAUAUGGAUAGGGUUUUCAAACUACCCUCGACCACUUUCAUCGGCGAGAAGGAAAAGGCGCUACCGUUGAGAGAGAUCUUGAAUCGUCUGGAACAAGCGUAUUGCAAUAAUAUUGGUAUUGAAUUCAUGUUCAUAAAUUCGUUGGAGCAAUGCAAUUGGAUCAGACAACGUAUGGAGCCGCCGAAUGUAACGAAGAUGAGCAACGACCAGAAGAGAUUGAUCCUCGCCCGUCUCACUAGAUCCACUGGGUUCGAGAAUUUCCUGGCCAAGAAAUGGUCGUCCGAGAAACGUUUCGGUCUCGAGGGCUGUGAGAUUUUGAUACCAGCUAUGAAGCAGGUCAUCGACACCUCCACACGGCUCGGAGUAGAAUCCAUCAUUAUGGGAAUGCCCCAUAGAGGUCGUCUCAAUGUGUUGGCCAACGUGUGUCGCAAACCGCUGCAUCAGCUGUUCACUCAGUUUGCUGGUUUGGAAGCUGAAGAUGACGGUUCCGGCGACGUGAAGUAUCACCUGGGUACUUAUAUCGAGCGUCUGAAUCGCGUCACAAACAAGAAUAUCCGUCUGGCUGUAUGCGCUAAUCCUUCGCAUCUGGAGGCCGUUGACCCCGUGGUGCAGGGCAAGACCAGGGCUGAACAGUUCUACCGAGGAGACAACGAAGGAAAGAAGGUGAUGUCGAUUCUACUUCACGGUGACGCAGCGUUCGUGGGACAGGGCGUUGUGUUCGAAACAAUGCAUCUCUCGGACUUGCCGGCCUACACCACACACGGCACCAUACACAUCGUGGUCAACAACCAGAUAGGAUUCACUACCGACCCGAGACACUCGCGGUCAUCAGCUUACUGUACAGACGUCGCCCGUGUGGUGAACGCUCCUAUAUUCCACGUGAACAGCGACAACCCCGAGGCGGUGAUGCACGUUUGUAACGUGGCGGCUGAAUGGAGAGCCACCUUCCACAAGGACGUGGUCAUUGACAUCGUCAGCUACAGGCGGAACGGACACAACGAGGUCGACGAACCCAUGUUCACACAGCCCCUCAUGUACCAAAAGAUUAGGAAAACUAAACCAGUUUUGGAGAAAUACGCCGACCAGCUGAUCGUUGAGGGCGUCGUGACCGCUGAGGAGGUGAAAGAUGUAAAGGACAAAUACGAGAAGAUCUGCGAGGACGCUUACAACCAGGCUAAGCAGGAAACUCACAUCAAAUACAAGGACUGGCUCGACUCGCCCUGGUCUGGCUUCUUUGAAGGCAAAGACCCACUCAAGAUGUCUCCGACCGGUGUUGUAGAGGAGACUCUAGUGCAUAUUGGCAAGCGUUUUUCGUCCCCACCACCCAACGCGGCUGAAUUCGAAAUACACAAGGGUCUGCUUCGUAUUCUAAAAGCCAGGAUGGAGAUGGUUGAGAAUAGAACCGUCGACUGGGCUCUGGCCGAGGCUAUGGCGUUUGGCUCGCUGUUGAAGGAGGGCAUACAUGUGAGACUAUCGGGAGAGGACGUUGAGAGAGGAACAUUCUCUCAUAGGCACCACGUGCUGCAUCACCAGAAGGUCGACAAGGCCACUUAUUGUCCAUUGGCUCAUCUUUAUCCAGACCAAGCUCCCUACACCGUUUGCAACAGUUCAUUGUCUGAAUACGGUGUGUUGGGCUUCGAAGUGGGUUACUCAGUAACAAACCCGAACGCUCUAGUGCUAUGGGAGGCUCAGUUUGGUGACUUCAACAAUGUGGCUCAGUGUAUCAUUGACCAGUUCAUAUCAAGCGGGCAGGCCAAGUGGGUCAGGCAGUCGGGCAUCGUACUGCUUCAACCUCAUGGAAUGGAGGGCAUGGGCCCCGAACAUUCUUCAGCUCGUUUGGAGCGCUUCUUGCAAAUGAGCUCCGACGACCCCGACUACAUGCCGCCGGAGAGUCCUGACUACGAAGUCCGUCAGCUCCACGACUGCAACUGGAUAGUAGCGAACUGUUCGACCCCGGCCUCCUUGUUCCACAUCCUCCGUCGGCAGAUCGCUCUGCCUUUCCGUAAACCUCUAAUAUUGAUGACUCCCAAAUCACUACUGAGACAUCCCGAAUGCAAAUCUUCCUUCGACGAUAUGGUCGAUGGAACCACAUUCAAAAGAUUGAUUCCCGAAGAGGGUCCGGCGUCCGAGAACCCGUCUAACGUCCGCAAGCUUGCUUUCUGCUCCGGACGUGUUUACUACGACCUGCUGAAACAGAGGAGAGACCGCGGACUGGAAAAGGAUAUAGCCAUAGCCAGACUGGAGCAGAUCUCGCCGUUCCCAUACGAUCUGAUCAAGGCUGAGAUCGCAAAGUAUCCGAACGCUCAGCUGGUCUGGAGUCAGGAGGAACACAAGAACAUGGGCUCCUGGAGUUACAUCGAGCCGAGGUUCCGUACACUGCUGCACAACCAGAAACAGAUCUGGCCAAUAUCCAACUCUCGCGGCGGUUGGUUUAGUCAACUUUUCGGCAAACCUGAGCCGGCUCAGACGGACACACAGGCGGAAACAGUACCGCGUACUAUUAGCUACAACGGUCGCGCCACGGCCGCGUCGCCGGCCACCGGCUCUAAGGCCGCCCACAACAAGGAACUCAGGAACCUCCUGGAAGAGUUCUGCGUCCUAUAAACGAAUGAUCGACCCUAGGAUCUAUCACUGUUCUUAAACACCAUACAAAUUCAUAUAACAUUAUAUGUUAGUAUUGAAAUUUAUCGUAUCUUUUUUUUUUCUCAUAUUACAUAGUUAAUUUAUUUUAUUUCCAUCGUUACUUUCAGUAUUUUAACAAUUCUCGUCUAUGAUUAGUUAGAAUAUUAGAUAAAUUUCUUAUUUAUUUAUUAGUAGCGUGUACACGGUACGGUAGACACUGCAUAUGUUAGAAGGGCGCUACACACGUAGCGUCCGUACAUAGGUGAUUACGCUGAAUGUAAAUACAUUAAAAUAUUAGAUUCUUUCAAUAUAUAAAUAAUAAUUUUAACAUUACUAUGUCGGGUCACUGCUAGUCUUGGACUUGUUACUGAUAAAGCACCCGUUCAUAAAAAUACUAUAAAAUAUAUGCACAGCACAAUCAAAAUCUGCACAGCCAGCAUCCGCUCUCGUUUAACGAUAUUCUAUGGAUAUUAUUAGCUAUAGACAGUUGUGGGCGUGUGUCGUAGUGUCAUGUAAAUGCAACUAUUGUUAUUUUAUGCGACAGUUGCUUCGUUUUAGUUACUUUGUUACCGCCGUACGGCCACUUGUAAGGAUCAACACCAAACUAUGUACGUAGUUACAGUUAUGAACUGUCGUGUUUUUUUUUUUUUUGCUAAAAAAAAAUUUUGUUUCUAAUGUGUAUUCACGCUUUGUAACUCGCAUGUAUUAUAAGCACAGUUUUUAUUGUUAAUUUACGUAUUUUAUAGCUCGGGGCAGAAGGACUGUGUGAGUGGGUACUAAGGGUGAUUUUUGUGUGACAGGUACAUUUGGCAGGCCUCCCGAGCAAUUUGUCGCUAUCUUACAAUAAAUAUACAUGUAUCAACUA